AUGCACACUUUCCUGACGCGGCCGCUUAGCACAGCCAUGCAUUUUGGGACAGUUUUCUUCACUCACUCAACUGUGCAGAAAGAGGACUAUGCUCCUUAUAUAGCCUACCUCAAGUCUAACUUCAACCCCUGUGUGGGUGUCCUCAUCAAGGCUAGCUGGGUACUGGCUCCAUCUCACUGCUAUUUACCAAAUCUGAGGGUGAUGUUGGGAAAUUUCAAGAGCAGAGUCAGAGAUGGGACAGAGCAGACAAUUCACCCCAUCCAGAUCAUCCGCUACUGGAACUUCAGCCACACUGCCCCGCAGGAUGACCUCAUGCUUAUUAGACUAGCUAAGCCUGCCACCUUCAACCAAAAAGUCCAGGUCCUUCCCAUCGCCACCACCAAUGUCCGGCCGGGCACUGUCUGUACACUUUCAGGCUUGGACUGGAGUCAAGAAAACGUUGGCAGGCACCCUGACUUAAGGCAGAAUCUUGAGGCUCCGGUGAUGACUGACAAAGACUGCCAGAAAACUCAACAAGGAAGCAGCCACAGAAACUCCUUAUGUGUGAAAUUCGUGAAAGUAUUCAGCCGAAUUUUUGGGGAGGUGGCUGUAGCUACUGUCAUUUGUAAAGGCAAGCUCCAGGGAAUUGAAGUUGGACACUUCAUGGGAGGGGAUGUCGGCAUCUACACCAAUCUUUACACAUAUAUACCAUGGAUUGAGAAGACCAUCAAGGAAAAGUUGAAAUGAUGCCCUGCUUUUCCCUCUGCAUCCCAUUGUCUCUGCCAUUGACUAAAGGAAUUCACACAUUCCCUAAACUCAAAUAAACUCUCCAGGUGGAAAGUCUGGGAUGCAGCACACCGGGAGCGCGUGUCUUUAUGUCCACACCACGUCACGAUGGGAAGAAGGAAUCUGUCAUUACCUUAUUCUUGGUUCUGCUCUCUAUCAUUUGUAAACUGUAAAAACCUUUGAAGUUGUCUUUUAUCUCCCUUUAAAAAUCAAAUGUUGAGGCUAAAGUAUUAACUGGUAGAUAGCAAAGCUUGGAAUGGAAUUGGAUGUGAAGCAUCAGACUCUAAAAUCCUGUGCAAAUAUAUGACACAACCUAUUGCAGGAUUUGGGGGUAAUUCAUAAAAAAAGGGGUGACCCAGUAGGAAAACUCAGGACAGUUCCUUAAACUCACAAAAAAAGAGAAAGUAUGCCCGAGGGAAGUUUCAAGACAGGCUUGCAAUCUUUAAGUUUUGGCAGCUAACCACAGAAGACAAAUAAACA